UUCACAGUUCAGAACUUUGCUGUCUUGGUUUUAAUAUUCAUUGGAGUUGCUAAAAACUGGACAAUGUGUCGAGUUCUGAAUGUCCUUCUGGCUCUGCUUAGUCGUUUCCUGUUCGCAGUGCAUGGCAUUGUGACAGUGUGGCGUGUUGUGGUGGUGAAAGGUGAGCCCUGCUAUUGGCUGCUGCUGAUGGGCGUGGCACUCCUGGGUGUAGAGAUGGGUGUUACUAUCAAAUGCACCCGCAACGCAGAGUGGAAAUGGUUUUCCCCUAUGGUCUUCCUUUAUCUUAGUACUGUGAUUCCCUCCAUCUGGUUCCUGGAGCUGAACCUGCUACAGCUCAAGCUACCAAUCAACUCAUCUUCACCAGAUCUUCGCUUCCUGUCUCAUAUCCCUGUAGCAGUGGGAUUAGCAGAUUUGGAACCUGAGAACUGGGUGGCUGGUUUGGAGCAGACCAUGCUUAUCGUCCUGGUACUAGGACGCUGGCUCAUGCCAAAAGGUGAUAUGUCACGUGACCAGCUCUCACAACUCCUCAUGGUCUAUGUGGGCCUGGGCGCAGACAUCCUGGAUAUCUUUGACACUUUCAAGGAGCCUGAAGUAAAAACCAACCAUGCUGUAAUUAUUGUAGGGUUGAGCCUCUUUUCCUGGGCCUUAAUGCAAUUCCCUUUGGUUCUGACACAAACAAAUCCUCCUUAUCCCCACACAAAGAUCCAUCUUAAACCCACCAGACCUGAGGUGCUGCCCUGCCAUUAUACCUCCUGCUGCUCCAGUGAGAUCUGGAGCCUUCUUCUUACUGUUGGGCUCCAGGACGGCCCCUUCCUGGUGUACCGACUCUACCUGAUGGUCAGAGAAAACGUUCUGAACCAGCUGAUGAUCUUCUUCACAUGUAAGAACAUCCUGAUUGUCAUGCUAGAGCUGUACAGGAUUAGUGUAGUGCACUUUGAGCUGCACAGGCCUGGGGGAAGAGAAAGAUCACCUGGUGAACCUCAAAGACAGACAGAAAGAGUUGAAGGUAAAAGAUUUGAAGAUUUAGAAUCUAGGUGCCAAGAGGUAAAUGAAAAUACAGAUGAAAGUUAA